GUCAAUAUCUAAAGCAUGUAGUGUAUUCUUAUGAUUUUGAAUACAUACUUUUUUAGGUUAUAAUAUUUAAUUGCUAUCGUUUUUCUUGUUAUUUAAUUUAAACAUGGGUAAAGUCAGAAAACGAAAAGCAAAACCAAGUCAAACAGUAAACAAUGCAACGGUUCACAGCUCUGACGAAGAAGAAUUACCCGUUGAUAAUAAAGAAAAUAUGAUUCAAACUAUAAUUGAUCAGCUGCAGGGUGCAAAUGUAGAAGAAAAAUAUUGUGGUUUGCAAACUUUUGCAAUGCUACUAGAGAAUCAGGAAAGUUUAAGAGAGAUGAUAAAUAGAGGACUUGUGAAGAUGGUGGCACCGCUUUUGAUUGACCCAACUUCUUCUGUGAGGAAUGCAGCAGCUGGUUCACUUAGGAAUCUUUCAACUGAUAGUCAUAAAAUGUGUGAUGAUUUGAUGGAACAUGAUGUUAUGACAUCCUUGGUAUUUUACUAUCAUCAGUUCACAGAAACUUGGACGCCUGAUCCUAGUUGCAAGAAUAAAGAUGACUUUGAUACUUUUGUUCAAUGUACAAAUCUUUUAUUAAACUUAUGUGAAAGUUCAGAAUUAGCUGUAAAAUAUCUGGGUGAUUCAAAAAUAUUAGACAUAUUUCCAAGAUACUUAGACUUGAGCACAUUUGGAGUUGACAUUGUUACAGCAAUAUUGCAAUGUUUGCUUGUUGUUGUAGAGAACAAUCCAGUAGCAAUAGAAAAAAUAAAGAGUUCAUCAGAAAGACAACUCAAAGAAUUGCUAUUAUUGGAAGACAAUGGUCCUUCUUCUUUAUUAAUAAAAACACUUGCGGGAGGAGUGAUUAUAAAUAUGUCUGGUGGAAACAUUUCUACCUUACCAAUAGAUGUCAUGAAUCAAAUAAUUGGAAUACUAGCAAAAACUCUGUCAUUGGAUCACAGAUUAGCCUGUAACCAGCUGUCAAGUAAUGUGCCUUUGUGUGAUCCUGCUGGAAAAGUUAAUCCUCCUAAGGCUACGGAUGACCAGGUAUUAGAAAAUCAAAUAAGAUCUGUUCUUCAGGUCUUGGAUGCACAACAGAGUGCAAUUGAAAUUAUUGCAAAUGUUUGUUCCUGUGAUGACUCAGAUGACUCAAUAGAAGGUCCUGAAUCUUCUGACAGUGAUGAACCAUUAGAUGAGAAUGGCUCUAAUAAUGGAGAGGGAAUAUUACUGGCGGAAGACAGACUACCACCUGAAUUGUUAGAAGGCUUAAUUUCAUUAGAGAUAUUUGACAAAGUUUGGGCUCGCACACUGUUGCCUCCAGCAAAUGUAUUGUCAAUAUUGAAUGAAUAUGAAGGAUCGAAGUUGAUUUAUAAAAAGUUGCACAAUUUGCAAACUAUAGCUCUGUUAUGCAUCAACAAUAUGUUAUUGAAUCUACCAAUAGAAAACCUUGGUGGUGUGAAUGGUGUAUAUAAAAUUUGGGUAGAAACUGGCAAACUUGUUUUUAAACAGAACUCUGAUAAUUUCAAUGUCUUGGAAUCUGCCACCGCUGUGAUGAGAGCUGCUUUAGACAAAAUAAAAUUAAAAGAUAAUGAGAAACCCACUGAAAGUAAUUUAUUCAGUGAUCUGGCCAUAUCUGAUAUUGAGAUUAUGCUAACAGGUAUCAGGGAAUGUCAAUUCCCUGAGAUAAGGACAAACCUUAUCCGCAUGAUUGGUAUAUUAGCUUUGCUAUUAGUGAACAACCUGAACGAUACUGCCUCAAUUGUGAUAUGCACAAUCACAGAGUUCAUACUGGAGCAAGCACACAAAGAAAAUAAAGUGUGGGUUUUAGCCGAAGCAAUCGAUACAUUGGUGGAUUUAUAUUCAGAAGAUGAAACUGAUUUACUCGCAGCUAAGGUUAAACUGGUUGAAAAGUUAUCAGUUUUAGCACCUAUAUUGAAAAACAUGGCACGAAAUUCGAAGAAACUUCCGAAGGAGUACAAAGUCCUGGUCACUACAGCUAACUCUAAUCUACCGAGAUUUAUAAAGUAUAAAAAGGCAAGACUUUCUAGUUUCUAGUAACAAUAAGCGCUAUAUAGAAAUAUUUAAUCAUAGUCAAUCUAUGUAUAUUGUUUAUUCUUUAU